AAAAAGAUGCCUUGGGUGCUGGAAGGGCGAUUGCAGAGGACGCUAGGACCCAGCAGGCGGCGGCAGGCGGCAGUGUGUGGAUUGCAGGGAGACUCGGAGGGUCCGGCUCAGUUUUAAUUCUGCUCUAAUCUGUGCAACAGCCGCGCUUCCCAGGUCCGCGGCUCCAGCUCCCGCUCAGCCGCUGCCACUGCCGGGCGAGCAUCUGAGCCGCCUCAACCCCGUCACCCACCAUGGACAACCUCCAAGAAAAAGUGGCUCCGGACGCGCUUGCCUGAGAAUUCUGCACAAAAGAGGAGCCCAAAAUGAAGCCCCUGAUGCGCCAUGGUCUGGCAGUGUGUUUAGUGCUCACUACCAUGUGCACCAGCUUGUUGCUCGUGUACAGCAGCCUCGGCAGCCAGAAGGAGCGGCCCUCGCAGCAGCAGCAGCAGCAACAACAGCAGCAGCAGCAGCAGGCGACCGCGACCGGCAGCGCGCAGCGGGUGGAGAGCAGUCCUCAGCCACGGAGAACCGCCCCCGCCGAACCCCGGCAGCUAGACGGAUACCUCGGUGUAGCAGACCACAAGCCCUUGAAAAUGCAUUGCAAGGACUGCGCCCUGGUGACCAGCUCAGGGCAUCUGUUGCGCAGUAAGCAGGGCCCCCACAUUGACCAGACAGAGUGUGUCAUCCGCAUGAAUGACGCCCCCACCCGAGGCUACGGGCAUGAUGUGGGCAACCGCACAAGCCUGCGGGUCAUCGCCCAUUCCAGCAUCCAGAGGAUCCUCCGCAACCGCCAUGACCUGCUCAACGUGAGCCAGGGCACCGUGUUCAUCUUCUGGGGUCCGAGCAGCUACAUGCGGCGGGACGGCAAGGGCCAGGUGUACAACAACCUGCAGCUCCUCAGCCAGGUGCUGCCUCGGCUGAAGGCCUUCAUGGUCACGCGCCACAAGAUGCUGCAGUUUGAUGAGCUCUUCAAGCAGGAGACGGGCAAAGACAGGAAGAUCUCCAACACGUGGCUGAGCACUGGCUGGUUCACCAUGACAAUUGCUCUGGAGCUGUGUGACAAGAUCGAUGUUUAUGGCAUGGUGCCCCCAGACUUCUGCAGGGAUCCUAAGCGCCCUUCUGUACCUUAUCAUUACUAUGAGCCUUCUGGACCAGAUGAAUGUACAAUGUACCUCUCUCACGAGCGAGGACGCAAGGGCAGUCACCACCGUUUCAUUACAGAGAAACGGGUAUUUAAGAACUGGGCACGGACAUUCAACAUUCGCUUUUUUCAGCCAGACUGGACACCAGAAUCGCCUGCUGUGAACCACGCUGAAGAUAAGCCUGUAUUCUGAGCGGUGAAAGUGCCAGAUAGUGAGAUGCCGUGACCACACUGUCUGGCUGGAGAGGAAGGACUCGAACUCUGGGCAGGGAAUGGUAACUGAUCACGUGGCUGAGAACUGCGGCAGCCUUCAGAACCAUGGACAGAACCCAAAGGCCAGAGAACAUUCCAGAAUGUACACAUUCUCAUGAGUAUUGAUUGUGUCUUUGAAAGAAAAGCUGAAACACUGAUUCAGUGACACUGCCAUGGCUAGGAACGCUCCGGAUCCCUGGAGGUUUCGUCUUCGAAGCUGAAACAGGAGCAGCCCAACACUUUUAGUUGCAUUUCUUUACAGACAUCCACGUCAAAAGAAUUUUCUAUCAGGCUGUAACCUAACCUGACCUAUAAUCUUUGUCAUUUGUCAGACUCUGUGAUUUGUAAGAAGCCUGUGAGAACAGACGUGUUUCUGAAGAGCACAUCUCCAAUGAUUUUCAUAAAGCAAAUGUCUGCUAUUUAUUUAUUGAGAGUUUUUUAGUGUACUCUAGGCAGUAUUUUUAUAGAUUAUGAUUAUGUGGCAAUUUAUUCUUCCUGACUCUUUAAUCCUGAAUGGUGGUUGGAAUGGCCUAGAACUGGGCUGAUGCGCUACUGCACUCACAGUGCUCAUCAUUAGCUUGAAAUCAGUAUUUGACGUGGAAAUGUGUGUGACAGUGUUUGAACCCCUCGGCUUCAGGCAAAUUGCUCCUUCAUAACAGAAACAGUUAUAACACUUUCUAAUGUACAUAAAUGUUCAAAAGAACAGAAUUGAAAACAAAAUAUCUGUGUCAUUAAAACAAAAAGAUGCUGAGAGAAAUUUAAA